AUGGCAUAGGUGACAGUCGCUUACAUUGAUAUUGGUUGCACAACUUUGUCAAUGAUGGCUUGCUUUUUAAUUUGUAUUUUAGGGGUUGUUUCUCCAAUUUAUAGAAAAUAUCCUUCUAAGUUUUAUUUCUAUAUUAUUAUUAGAAUUAUUGUCUGGAUUUCUUGUUUAUUUAUAUUACUAGGCAUAUUUAUCUAUAUUGAUUAAACUAUAGUUAUUAUUGAUCCUAAUAGUUCAGACGAUAAUAAAAAAAUCAAAAAAUUACAUAAAUUAAUCGAAUUACUAAUAGGUGUUACAAUUACUCUAAUCUCAAAUUAGUUUAUCUUAUUUUUGAAUGAAGUAAAAAUUUGUAUUUACAAUCCAUUUUAAGCUACCUCUUCAUCUGUUUUCCUAUUUUUAUUAUUGUUACAGUGCCUAUUAACUUUGGUAAUGAUAAUUAUACCACUUCUAAUAGUAUAGGAACAUUAUCAUUUGGAAAGUGAUGCUCUUAACGAAUUCAAUAGUUUAGCUUCUUAUAUAAAUUUUGGUAGUAUUUUGAUUUGCACUUUAUUCUACAUAGCAAUAUGGAUAAUUUUGAAAAAAAAUAAGACAUUAUAAAGUAGAAGACUUUAUGAAUUUAAGAGUGAUUUUGUCAAAUAAUAAUUCUAUUGGUUAUUUAUAAUGUUGGCUAUUAAUUUUGCAUUCUCAUAUUAUAAUUUAAAUCUAUAAGAAAGUGAUGAUUUUUUAUCAUUAAAAGUAGCCUUAAGUUUAGAAGGUUUAUUCUUUUCUAUUUUUCAUCUCACUCAACCUUAUUCAUAUCAUAAACUUUUAUAGGUUUUCUUUAAAUCAUGUUAGGAACAAUCUUAUAUAUAAGAUAUUGAAAAUAUUGAAGAUGGAUUAAAUACUGAUAUUCACAAUAAAAUGAUGCCAAUUUAUGAGAAAUUACUCAAGACUUAAAUUAAUGAACUUGUUAAAGGAUUGGUUAAAGCUGUAUUUACAGCUCUUAUUAUGCAAUUUGAUCAUCAUUUGAUUGAAUUAGAGAUCAAAAGAACUUAUACAUUUAAAUUUCAUUUAUCUGAAUUAAAUGAAAGUAGAAUUUCAUUUAAUGAAAAUGAUGACAUUAAAGAUUCAAUUAUUUUAGUAAAUACAUACUAUCCAAAUAGUUUUACUACUCUAUUGAAAUAGAAUAAUUUUAAUAAAAAUAUAUUAGAAUACACUUUAGAAUUGUAAUAUAAUUAUAAAGCUUUUGAAAAAGCAAAAGAAUCUUUAGGUAGAAGUGGAGCAUUUUUUUUUUAUAGUUAAAAUCAUAAACUCAUUCUAAAAACUGUAGAAAAAUCUGAAAUUAAAGAUUUUUUAAAUGGACGAAUUAUUUAAUAUUUUAAUCAUUUAAAAUAUCAUAAAAAAUCACUUAUUGGUAAAAUUUAUGGAAUAUUUAAAAUUAAAUUAAUGGCUUACAAAACAUAAUAUUUAGUUUUAAUGGAAAAUUCAUUUGAAUAAAUGUUAAUAUUGGAACAUGAAUUUGUAAUAUAUGAUUUAAAAGGUUCAACUGUUAAUAGAACUUCAAAAUCUGAUGAAAGUGUAAAAAAAGAUAAUAAUUUUAAAUAAUCAUCUCACAAUCCUAUUAUAUUACCUAAAUAGAUUUCUGAUUAAAUAAAGAAAUAACUUAUGGAUGAUUGCAAAUUUCUAAGAGAUAUUGGAUAUAUGGAUUAUUCAUUAUUAAUAGGAAUUUGUUAAGAAAAACCAUAAUAAAUCAAUAAUUAAAAUUAUAGAUUUGUAAUUAAUGAAGCUUAAAAUACAAUAUAUUCAUUUUCAAUUAUUGAUUAUUUAUAGACAUUUAACCAUUUCAAAAAAAGUGAAUAAUGUUUCAAAACAUGUAUAAGAUUUAAAAAGAAAAAAGAUUUGUCUUGUAGAAGUCCAGAACCUUAUUGUGAAAGAUUUCUAAACUUUAUUGAUUCAAUAAUUGUUUGA